AUAAGACUAUUUGUCAAUAUGAUUCUCCAACACACAAACAACUUCGUAAAAGAAAUGACUACAAAAGAGCCAAAACGCAUGUUCAACAUUUUCCCAUUCUUCUGUUUCUUCUUCUCAUUCAUUGCACAACAGACCGUCCCAAACAUGGCUUAUCCCCUCUCCACGAGCUCCCGUUGGAUCGUCGACGAGAAAGGUCAACGGGUAAAGCUCGUGUGUGCGAACUGGCCAUCCCACCUCCAGCCUGUUGUAGCGGAAGGGCUUAGCAAACAACCGGUGGAUGCAGUGGCCAAGAAGAUAGUGGAUAUGGGUUUCAAUUGUGUUAGGUUAACUUGGCCGUUGGAUUUGAUGACUAAUGAGACAUUGGCUAAUAAUGUCACAGUGAGACACUCCUUUCAAAGCCUUGGUCUUAAUGAUGAUAUUGUUGGCUUCCAAACUAACAACCCCUCCAUUAUUGAUCUCUCCCUGAUUGAAGCUUACAAGAUGGUAGUUACUACAUUAGGAAACAAUAACGUGAUGGUGAUAUUAGACAACCACCUAACCAAACCAGGGUGGUGCUGCGACAACAAUGACGGUAACGGUUUCUUCGGUGACCAGUUCUUCGAUCCCACCGUAUGGGUUACCGCUUUGAAGAAAAUGGCGGGGACAUUCGACGGUGUCUCUAAUGUCGUUGGCAUGAGUCUAAGGAAUGAACUUAGAGGGCCUAAACAAAACGUUAACGAUUGGUUCAACUAUAUGCAACAAGGAGCGGAAGCAGUUCAUUCAGCAAACAAGAAUGUACUUGUGAUUCUUUCCGGUCUCAGCUUCGACUCCGACCUUUCCUUUGUUAGGUCUCGACCCGUAAAACUAUCAUUCACCGGUAAACUCGUCUUCGAGCUCCAUUGGUAUGCUUUCAGUGAUGGAAACUCGUGGGCGACCAAUAACCCUAACGAUAUGUGCGGUCGGGUCCUAAACCGGAUAGGAAAUGGUGGCGGUUAUCUCCUAAACCAAGGCUUUCCGUUGUUCCUCAGUGAAUUUGGUAUAGAUGAAAGAGGAGGAAACGCUGCUGAUGACCGUUAUAUUGGGUGUUUAACCGGUUGGGCUGCUGAAAAUGACCUCGAUUGGUCGCUUUGGGCUCUUACUGGAAGCUAUUACUUAAGACAAGGUGUGGUUGGGAUGAUUGAGUAUUAUGGUGUGUUGGAUUCUGAUUGGAUUAGUGUUCGGAACUCAAGUUUCUUGCAACAAAUCUCUCUUCUUCAAUCUCCGCUUCAAGGACCGGGCCCUCGAACCGAUGCUUACAAUCUGGUUUUCCAUCCUUUAACCGGACUAUGCAUGGUACGAUCUCUCAAUGACAAGACAAUGAUGCUUACUCUUGGACCGUGCAACAGUUCCGAACCAUGGAGCUACACUAAACAAGCACUAAGAAUCAAAGACCAGUCUUUGUGUUUACAGAGCAACGGACCAAAUAACCCGGUUACGAUGACUCGAACGAGCUGCUCGACAUCCAGUUCGAAAUGGCAGACCGUCUCAGCCUCUAGGAUGCACCUAUCUUCAACAGCAAGUAACAAUACUUCUCUUUGCCUUGACGUAGAUGCAACCAACAAUAACGUGGUGGCUAAUGCUUGCAAGUGUCUGAGCAAAGACAGCUCGUGUGAGCCAAUGAGCCAGUGGUUUAAAAUCAUUAAAGCCACAAGGCCACUGAAGGGGAUCGAGUUUGCAUAAAGAGAUGUUGUAAAGCACUUGCCUUACUAUAACUAAUUAGAAAUUUAAUUUAGUGAACAAAUAUAAUUUUUAAAUUACAAAUCUUUUGUUUUAUAUUAUAAAAUUGCUUGAUUUAUCAUUUGUUUUAAGUAAAACUAGGUAU